GAAAGGAUUGUUGACAAAAGGAAAAACAAAAAAGGGAAGACAGAGUACUUGGUUCGGUGGAAAGGCUAUGACAGCGAGGAUGAUACUUGGGAACCAGAGCAGCACCUGGUGAACUGUGAGGAGUACAUCCAUGACUUUAACAGGCGCCACACGGAAAAGCAGAAAGAAAGCACACUAAACAGAACAAACCGGACCUCUCCAAACAAUGCCAGGAAACAAAUUUCCAGGUCCACCAACAGCAGCUUUUCUAAGACCUCUUCUCCUAAAUCACUAGUGAUUGGCAAAGACCACGACUCCAAAAACAGCCAAUUGUUUGCUGCCAGCCAGAAGUUCAGAAAAAACACAGCUCCAUCUCUCUCAGGCCGGAAGAAUAUGGACCUAGCGAAGUCAGGUAUCAAGAUCCUCGUGCCUAAGAGCCCCAUUAAGAGCAGGACCGCAGUGGAUGGCUUUCAGAGCGAGAGCCCCGAGAAACUGGACCCUCUCGAGCAGGGUCAGGAGGACACGGUGGCACCAGAAGUGGCAGCAGAGAAGCCAGUCGGAGCUCUGCUGGGUCCCGGCGCUGAGCGAGCCAGGAUGGGGAGCAGGCCCCGAAUCCACCCUCUAGUGCCUCAGGUGCCUGGCCCUGUGACUGCAGCCAUGGCCACGGGCCUCACCGUUAAUGGCAAAGGUACGUCUCCGUUCAUGGAUGCACUAACAGCCAAUGGAACAACCAACAUACAGACAUCUGUCACAGGAGUGACUGCUGGGAAAAGGAAAUUUAUUGACGACAGAAGAGACCAGCCUUUUGACAAGCGGCUGCGUUUCAGUGUGAGACAAACAGAAAGUGCCUACAGAUACAGAGAUAUUGUCGUCAGGAAGCAAGACGGCUUCACCCAUAUCUUGUUAUCCACAAAGUCAUCAGAGAAUAACUCACUAAACCCAGAGGUAAUGAAAGAAGUCCAGAGCGCGCUGACCACAGCCGCUGCCGAUGACAGCAAGCUUGUGCUGCUCAGCGCGGUGGGCAGUGUCUUCUGCUGCGGCCUUGACUUCAUUUAUUUCAUACGGCGUUUGACAGAUGACAGGAAGAGAGAAAGCACUAAAAUGGCAGAAGCUAUCAGAAACUUCGUGAAUACUUUCAUUCAGUUUAAGAAGCCUAUUAUUGUAGCAGUCAAUGGCCCAGCCAUUGGACUAGGAGCAUCCAUAUUGCCUCUUUGUGAUGUGGUUUGGGCUAACGAAAAGGCUUGGUUUCAAACACCCUAUACUACCUUCGGACAGAGUCCAGAUGGCUGUUCUACCGUUAUGUUUCCCAAGAUUAUGGGAGGCGCAUCUGCAAAUGAAAUGUUGCUCAGUGGGCGGAAGCUGACCGCGCAGGAGGCAUGUGGCAAGGGCCUGGUCUCCCAGGUGUUCUGGCCUGGGACCUUCACCCAGGAAGUCAUGGUUCGGAUUAAGGAGCUUGCCUCAUGUAACCCAGUUGUGCUGGAGGAGUCCAAAGCCCUUGUGCGCUGUAACAUGAGGAUGGAGCUGGAGCAAGCCAACGAGAGGGAGUGCGAGGUCCUGAAGAAAAUCUGGGGCUCUGCCCAAGGGAUGGACUCCAUGUUAAAGUACUUGCAGAGGAAAAUUGAUGAGUUUUGAUUGGCAGGCUGCCUGCUAGUGACACUGGAAUUGGAUUAAGCAGGACGUUGGUGGCUCUAAGUUGCCCUAAUCCAUCUUCACAGCCUAAAACAAGUUCACCUGUAGCUCAUGCUUGGAAACAGUACUGGAAACAUCCAAGCUGUUUAUUAUCAAGGAGUUUUUAAGUACUGUAACUUUAAAAUAAAUAACUUCAAAGCUCCUUUGUCCAAACGUCAUUAUUUUAUACUUAUAUACACACAAGUAUAAAAGUAUAAUGGUAAGCACUAGACUGCUCUUGGAAGCUCUAAUUUUUGUUUUCUUUGGCUAGUACUGUAUUAAAAAAGAAAAGAAUUGUGUUUUGUUGGUUUUGGGUGGCAGAAAAGUCUGGAAUAAUGUUUGUUUUUCUCAUUUUUUUUUCCUUCUAGAACAGAUUCUAAAGAGAUAUUAGCCAGCCUUACCUCCCCUGCCCCAAAUUGAGAUACAGAAAGAUCUGAGAUGUUGGGCUUUACCUCCAAGAAGGUACAAAUAUCUCAGAGAUGGAAAAUUCUAAAUCAGAAGUAAGACUUAUCUUUUAGGAUAAAUAUUUCUGAUGAAAAAUCCACCAAUGUGCAUACCCCCACCCAAACAUACACUUCAGAUUCGUGCUGAAAUAUCAGCUGAUUCUCCCUUUUUUAAAUAUGUCCAGUUCUUACCCAGUUAACAUGAAGAAACCACUGUCUCUCUAAAAGAAAGCUUGUUUUGCAGUAUUAGUGAAUCACUAAAUAGCUUAAGUAUGAAUAUCUAAGUUAUAAGUUAGGCUUAGUUGGUUUUAAAUAGUUUUUCUGACCCCUUUCAAAAAUAACUACAUAAGUGCUUCUUGUUGCUGGGUGAGAAAUACCACUUUAUAUACAGUUUUGGUUUUCUAUUUGCAGAUAUGAUUGAUGUAUCACACCAAAAAAAUAUUUUUAUGUUUAUAAAGUGUAAUUUUUAGGUUUACUUAGAAUAUAUUUUAUUUAAUAAGUUAAAAUUCUUUUGGCACACUAUUAAAUGCAGAAACUUCUUUCAAAACAAAAAGAACUACCUUAUAUCUGACAUUUAAUGUUUUUGGUCUCUGCUUUUAUGUCUAUACAGUAUAUGCGUAUAGUACGGUGUCUAAGAGUGCCCUGUGUGCGUAGACGUGUGCAUUCCUUUCAGGAGUGGGGACUGAUUCGUGACUACAGACGCCUAUUAUUAGUUAGGCUUCUGAGCUUGCAAUCAUAUUGAAUGUAUGAAGAACGAAGUAAAAUCAAACCCUUAUUUUUGUACAGUUUUGAAGUUUAUACUUAGAACUGACCACCUCCCCAGUCACAUGGAGAGCUGUACAGUGUGUAAAUUUGCCUUUACCUUGGGUUGAUUGGUACAGUAUUUUUGCAUCUGUGGGACCUACUUUUUCGUUCAGUAGUUUGAACUAUAUAUAAACUGUACAAUCUGUAAAGUUUUUAUAGAAUAAAUAUUCAGCUGUGAAAACUGGUUAAAUAAAACUAAUAUUUCUUAACACA